AUGGGUCGUGGCGGUCAAAUCCUCCGAAAUGCGGUGUCCUUAUCUGCAGUGUGCCAGCGCCCUAUUGAAAUAAAUAACAUUCGUGCUGGUCGACCAAGCCCUGGUUUGCGGUACUUAGUACUUUUUGAUCCACAUAAUGUCGAAGGUGGGGAAUAUGAAUGCGAUGUCAAGACUGCAGGUUCCGUGGCCUUGAUCAUGCAAACAUGCAUUCCAAUACUCGCUUUUGCCUCGAAAAAAAGUGUUGUUUCUUUGCGCGGUGGUACUAAUGCAGACUUCGCCCCGCCGGUCGACUACAUGAUAGACGUCACCAGUUUUUACUGUAAAAAAUUCGGACUGAGUUUUCAAGCAGAAAUUUGUGAGCGUGGCUACUAUCCGCGCGGAGGUGGAUUGGUUCAUGUCAGCGUCGAUCCGAUUAGCGACAAACUCUCUUCGGUCACCCUCACAGAUAUGGGUCAAGUUGUAAAAAUAACUGGCUCAGCUUUCGUAGCUGGAAAAGUGCCAUUGAAGGUCGCUGAAUUGAUGGCCUCUACCGGCCACGACAUCUUGGGAUCUCAUUUUCCAGACGUUCCUAUUGACAUUGAAUCCUAUCGUGCCCCAGAUAAUUCUUGUCAUGGAAGUGCUUCGGCAUUUAUGUUCGUUGUCGAAACCUCCACUGGAUGUCGCAUAGCAGUAUCACGACUAGGUCGUAGCCGCGGGCCUUCUCCCCAUGACUUAGUCGCAGAUGCCAUUAAUUUGGAGUUGUUGCCGUGCCUCGAUUGCGGCGCCUGCUGUGAUAGCUUUAUGCAGGAUCAACUGAUUUUACCCAUGGCAUUAGCGCACGGAACAUCGAUGAUUCGCACCACCCCUCUCACGCUGCACACUCGGUCGGCAAUAUAUGUUGCGGAGCAAAUUAUGCCCUCCGUUAAGUUUAGUGUUGAAGUACUACCGGAUCAAAAAUCGGUCUUGCUUUCGUGCACAGGAGCCGGAGUUGAAGCGCAGUAG